AAAAAUCACCUUCUUCUCGCCGCCAGGACCAGCUGAACGCCGGCGUCCAGUUCAGCCACGCCCCUACAGCACGGGCCCUCGCGGUGCAUUGUGGGCGCGGUAGUGUCGGCCGAGGUUAUGGUUGCGUUAAUUAAGCGUGAGUGCUGGGUUCGUGGACUGGAAUAUAACAGCCACCAGAGAUUCCUGCUCUGACCCCUGGUUCUGCGGCUUGUCAUCGAGGUUGGAUGCCCCGGGAUCGUUCUUUAAUGGAGAAAACUCACCAGACGUCAUUGCUAUUCAGUAGCUCCAAAAGCAGAACCUUGGUUUUUCUGAGAGAAACUGAAAACCAUCUUUUAAAAAGUUGCGCUUCGAUUCUCUGCCCCCACCCCCAGUAUCUUAAUUAUGCUGUAGAAGUAGGGGCUUUUUGAACAUCUCUCUCAGUACCUUGCGCUGAUCUCACUGCAUGAUGACUUUCUGUUUCACUGGUAUCCGAAGCUUUCCUAAGCUUUGGAAAAGUAACCCAUACCUUGGUCUAAGCCCAGGACACCCUUAUAUUUUUCUCUUUCUCAAAGACUGUUAUGGCAUCAGGAGCCAACAGAAGUGGUUUUCUCUUAAAACCGCGUCUCCACAAAAUACCAAAGCAAUGAAUCUGCUAGUUGCCAGGGCCCGAUCUCUCCAGAAAGGAGAUGAGGGCAGAAAUAAGCAGGUUUCUUCUGAGUCUCAUCUUUUUGCAGCUGGAGCGGCUAAGAAGAGAUCACAGAUGAAUCCUCAGAGUAGAGAUCAUGCCUUGCUACCUGUGAGGAACAACAUUAUUCAACUCCCAACGAAACCCUUGAAUUCGGAAGAGUGGGAUAAACUUAAGGAAGAUUUCAAAGGAAAAGCUAAUUUUGAAAAUUGGAUCAUUUCACAAAUGGCUCACCACAACAGUCCUAUAGAUGUAGCCAAAUCUCUGCUGGCCUGGGUAGCUAUAAAAAACAAUGGAAUUGUAAGCUAUAAUUUAUUGGUCAAGUAUUUGUACCUCUGUGUCUUUCAUAAGCAGACAUCAGAAGUUUUUGACGUCUAUGAAAUCAUGAAAGCCAGAUACAAGAGUUUAGAAUCUGGAGCGAACACUCUUCUCAUCCGGGGAUUAAUCCAUUCAGACAGAUGGAAAGAGGCCUUGCUGCUGUUAGAGGAUAUUAAAAAAGCCAUGAUUCCUUCAAAAAAGAACUAUAAUGAUUGUAUCCAGGGAGCCCUCCUUCAUCAAGAUGUAAACAUAGCUUGGAAUUUAUAUCAGGAAUUGUUAAGUCAUGAUAUUAUUCCUAUGAUGGAAACUUUAAAAGCCUUCUUUGAUUUUGGAAAAGACAUAAAAGAUGAUCAGUAUUCAAACAAACUACUAGACAUUCUUUUGUAUCUAAGAAAUAAUCAGCUAUAUCCUGGGGAAUCAUUUGCACACAGUAUAAAAACAUGGUUUGAGAGUAUUCCUGAAGAACAAUGGAAAGGAAAAUUCACCACAAUUCAGAAAAGUGGUCAGUGUUCGUGCUGUGGAAAAAACAUAGAGUCUAUUCACCUGAGUCCAGAAGAGUAUGAAUUUCUCAAGGGAAAAGUCAUGAGGGAUGUGAUAGAUGGAGGUGACCAAUACAGAAAGACAACACCUCAGGAACUUAAGAGAUUUCAGAACUUUGUGAAAAACUGUCCUCCUUUUGACAUUGUUAUUGAUGGACUCAACGUUGCCAAAAUGUUUCCUAAAGCUCGUGAGUCUCAAGUUCUCGAGCGUGUGGUCUCUCAACUAGCCAAGCAGAAUCUGCGCGUGCUGGUCCUGGGCCGGAAGCAUAUGCUGACAUCGCGUGCCCGGUGGAGAAAGGAUGAGAUGGAAAAGGUGCAAAAGCAAGCCAGCUGUUUCUUUGCUGACAAUAUCUCAGAGGAUGACCCGUUCCUUCUGUAUGCCACACUGCACUCAGGGAAUCACUGCAAGUUUAUCACGAAAGAUCUGAUGCGGGACCACAAGGCCUGUCUAGCUGAUGCCAAGACCCAACGCCUGUUCUUUAAGUGGCAGCAGGGACAUCAGCUGGCCAUUAUCAAUAAGUUUCCAGGAUCAAAACUAACCUUUCAGCAUAUUCUCAGCUAUGACACAGUGGUGCAAACAACUGGAGAUUCGUGGCACAUACCGUAUGAUGAAGACCUGGUGGAAAGAUAUUCCUACGAAGUGCCUACCAAAUGGCUUUGCCUGCAGAGAAAGACAUAAAGACUCUUACCCCCAUGCUCAAUUUCUGUUUGGGUGCCCUCCUGGUUGGCAUCAGAGCUUUUACGUUGGUCCUUGUUUAGAUCAUUGCUUCUGUCCUGUUUGAUCCAUUUGUCCUGUUUGGUCCAGUUGGUUUCUACGUCAACAAAUUGAUUUUUUAAUUAAAUGAGUUAUAACAUUUUUUCAUAACCAGUUGCAUUUUCCCCCCUAACAUUUAUUUUUUGGAGGCUUAGCCAGAGUUGGGGAACUCAGUGCAAAGUAACCUAACUUUCUCUUAUUGGGCCAUCUAUUUCAUUUACUUGGGCGACAGGUGCUUCUGGUAUUCAUUUUGUUACUCCUGACCUCACCUUCCAGGUUCACCAAUAGCAGAACCAAUCAUCUGGCCCUGAGCCGUGGGUUGUUUCUAACCCCCUUCUCUCAUCUCUGAUACAUCUCAUCUACAUGUUAUCUCCUACCCACACUGAAUCACUUUGGUCCUCUGUGAUAAACUGACCAAGAUAUCAAAGCCUUAGUAGCAACUCUUACUUAUCACCCAAUGAUUUGGGUUGGAGGCAAGGGGACAGUUAUUCUCUUUAGACUAUGAUCUUCUUCAUUCUAUAAUGCCUCUUCCAAAUUGGUUCAACAUUUUGUGAACACUGUUAAUUCCAUCACUUGGUAUGAGGGCUUUCUAAAGUAUACAGAUUCUUUUCAUUUCAUUAAGUUUGACUUAGUUAACAAAGUGAUUAAGUUUUGAUAGUUUCCUCUCUGUUUUGACCCCUUGCUAGCCACCUCACUGGGCCUUGAUUUUAGCUGAAAAUAUCCAUGUCUGCAACACUUUGUGACAGUUUUUUCCUUACUGAUAUAUAUAGUAUGAUUUAAUAAGAACAGGCAAAACCAAUCUAUGGUGAUAAAAAUCAGAAUAGUAAUUUCCCCAAGAAAGGGACAUAGAGUACUUUCUGGGGGUGAUGGCAAGUUCUGGGUGAUACGAACAUAGGUGUAUGUAUACACAUAUAUUAGUCAAAAUUCAUCACACUAAGCACUUGAAAUUGAUGCAUUUACAACAGUGUAACUCAAAAACGUAUGUUAGCAUAAGAUAUUUACAUGAAAAACUGACCUAAUUUACAUAAAACAGUAUACACGGAUAUAAGUAGAAUGUGUAUUAUGGGCAGAGAGAUAAUCCAGGAAAAACAGGAUGGGAUGUUUCAUCUACUUAUCUGUUUACUGGACUCAACACUGCUGCACAUCUAGUCUAAGAGCUCUCUAGGAAAGUGAUAAAUUGAGAACACUGAAAGAUUGUGAGAAUCAGAAAGCUCUCAUAAAUCCAAGCUGCUGAUUUUCUAAAUUUCAUACACUGCAUACUUAGAAAACUAUGCUUUCAGUGAGUUAAGCUUUUUCUUAAAGGAACUAUCCUAAUUUUAAGAAAAAUUUUAAAAGAAAAAAGCAUGUGUAGAGAUGGGAAAGGAUAGACAAAGAAGCUAGAACUUUAGAGCAGAAGUGAACCUUAAAGAACAUAGAGUCCAGGGCCGGCCGAGUGGCGCGAUGGUUAAGAACUGGCUUGGAACACCAGAGGGCCCCGGUUCGG